AUGGCGCAUUCGCAUCCAUUAAGAAUGUCUAUAACUCGUGAAGCGGGAACGCGGGGUGAGAAGCUUUCCCCGUCAAUGGCCCACAGGGCUCGAGCCAUGUCGAUCAACCAUUUGCCUGACGACCUUCUUUCCAAAAUUAUCUCACUUGCCGCCACCGCCGCCACCGCCGCCGCCACCGCCGCCACCGCCGCUGCAGAAUCGACAUCAGAACUUGGCGGCACGGAUAACGGCCAGACUGGCGAGACGAACUUCACGGAUAUCCCCAAUUUUAGCAACCUCGCGGUGGUUGGUAAGCGAUGGUUGUUUCUGAUGACGACCCUCCGCGUCCCUGGCGCUUUUAAGUCAGACUCCCCCGAACUCCGCGGUACCGAGAAGCUCGCGAUGGCGCUUUCCGCCCCCACGAUCUCCGCGCCCGCGCUUUUCCGCACGCUGGCGCUCGCGCCGAGCGUUACGGCGCUUUCUCUGGAAGCAUACGCCGUCGAUAUUUACGACGACGAGUUUCUGUCUAGCCUGCUUUCCGCGCGGCCUCGGCUCGCCCGCCUGAGCAUCGGCUCCCCCCGCUUCACCGGAACGCCCCACUUUCGAAUCGGCACAGAAUCUGUCGAUAAUUUCUUCCGCGUCGCGUCGUCGCGCCUGGAGGAGCUCUUGCUGCGCGAAUGCCUCGGCCACACGACGAAGCUCCCUGCCUCCGUCGCGUCGCUGUCGUCGCUGCGCGUGUUCCACCUGUGCUCCAAGGUUCUGCGCUCGCUGCCCGACGAGAUCUGCCAGCUGUCUGCCCUGCAGGAACUUUAUCUCACCUGCCCGUUGCUGCAGCAGCUGCCCGGAAAAAUUGGCCAGCUAACGAGGCUGGAGCACCUUUCGUUUACGGGCUGCAAAGAAAUGCGGCGCCUGCCGGAUUCGCUCGGCGAUCUCUCGUCGCUCACCUCUCUCCACAUCGACGGCGCGUGGCAGGUGGAUCGCCUCCCGCCUCGCAUCGGCGCGCUGCAGCAGAUGCGGCGACUGGACCUGCGGAAUUUCCGAGGCGGGUUACCAGAGGCAUGCGAAAAUUGGGCGAAACUCGAGCAAGUCACUCUGGCUUCGUGCACCGACAUGCGCAGUUGCCAGCUCGCGUCCGUGCACUCGCUCACGCAUCUCACGAUCAGCGCCUGCCGGGAGCUCCAGUCGCUCCCGGCCAACCUGCCCUUCGCGACGGCAUUGCGUCAUCUAACGCUCGAUCAUCUCGGUUUCGACGUGUCCCUCGAGCCGCUAAGCGGGCUGGUAGCUCUAGAGCGGCUGCACGUGUCAAGCGUCGACCGGGAGGAGCGCUUUCACGAGGCUCUCUUCGCGCUGCCGUCCCUGGCGCACGUGAAAUUGCGCAAUGUCGGGUGGCUCGAGCCGCCCGACGUGACGGAUAUGGAGAACUCGAGGGAGGUCGCCGCCGCAGCGGACACAGCCGCCGCAGCGGACACAGCCGCCGCAGCGGACACAGCCGCCGCAGCGGACACAGCCGCCGCAGCGGACACAGCCGCCGCAGCGGACACAGCCGCCGCAGCGGACACAGCCGCCGCAGCGGACACAGCCGCCGCAGCGGACACAGCCGCCGCAGCGGACACAGCCGCCGCAGCGGACACAGCCGCCGCAGCGGACACAGCCGCUGCCGCAGCAGCCACUUUCGCAGCAGCAGGAGGUGCGGCAGGUGAUACCACUUACCACGCGGAGCUCGGCCCGUCUCUGAAGAAUCUCAGUAUCCGCCUGGGCAGGACUCUUGAAGAGAUGCUAGGGUACGGCAGGCAAGGCAGCCGUACGCUCUCCUCUCGUCUCUGCUCGCUGCUCUCCCUCGCGCACCUCUCGAUCGACUGGCUCUCCGCCUCCGCCAGACUCCCUUCCAACCUGGGUUCCCUGCACAACCUGCGCUCUCUCUCCCUCCGCGGCACCUCGCUCUGCCUCCCACACUCCCUCUCCCACCUCGCUUCGUGCCUGCACUCCCUCAAGCUGCACUACAGCGGCGCCAGUGACGCGGACGCCUUUCACCGGAAUCUGCCGCCCUGUCUCCCGCUUCUCACCUCCCUCACAAACCUCCACCUUCACAACAUGUACCUGCCGUUGUCCCCUCCGCUUGCCUUUGCCCGCCUGCGCGCUCUCUGCACACUACGCAUCGACAUCUUCAACUGCCCGGGAUUCUCCCACCUUCCUGAGACCUUUGGCUUCUUGCCCCGCCUAACCCGCCUCAAAAUUGCCGAAUGCGGAUCAUUCACGCACCUUCCUAGCUCCUUCUCCUCCCUGUCUGCCCUCCAAGUGGCCUGCUUUAGCCUCUGCAAGCAGUUGCACUCCCUCCCUCACACACUCGGACUUCUGCCUCGCUUAGAAGUGCUUCAGUUGAGGCAGUGCGUGGCACUCAAGCGUUUACCGGAGUCGCUCCGAGAGGCGAGGGCUCUGCGGCAUGUGGAUGUGUAUGGGAGUGGUGUGGCAGAGGAAGGGGUGGAGGUGGGUGUUUGUGCGAGUAAAGUGCAUGUUGUGAGGGUGAGGAUGGGACGGGCGGAGCACGUGGGGACGAAGGAAAAGGGGAGGAAAGGGAGAGGUUGUGUGGAUGUGAAGUUGGAGGAAGGAUAG